ACUCACCGUGUGAGAGAUUUGUAGUUUUAUUAUUUAUGUAAGAAAAUUACUCAUAUUAGUGAUAGUGCUUUGUCACUGAUUAAUUUUGUCUCCUUAUAAGUCAAUAAGGGAACAAAUGGAGAAAAAACCGAAAGUUAUCGUCUUUGAUUUAGAUUAUACCUUAUGGCCGUUUUGGGUAGAGAGUUUUGUAGAGCCACCAUUUAAAAAAGGAGCACAAAAUAAAGUAAUAGAUGCACGUGGUUAUGACGUGGAUCACUAUUCUGAUGUUCCUGAGGUAUUAAAACAGUUAUCAGGAGAAGGAUAUGAAUUAGGUAUAGCAUCACGUACAGCAGAGAUAAAAGGGGCUAAACAAUUAAUAGAUGCAUUUGGCUGGAAGAAAUAUUUCAAGUAUGUUGAAAUAUUUCCUGGCAGCAAAGUCACACAUUUUUCUAACAUUCGAAAGAGUUCGCACACUGAUUAUAAAGAUAUGAUAUUUUUUGAUGAUGAGGCUAGAAAUGUUAUGGAAGUUGGUAAACUUGGAGUACAUGCUGUAUUAGUUGAAGAUGGUGUAAGUCGUUGUGUUGUAGAAGAUGCUCUGCAAUCAUUUAAUAACAAAUAAUGAUUUAAACAUUAA